AAUACAGAUAUAAAAAAUUUAUGUGUUCAUCGAUAGCUAAUAAAGAAAUUGUAUAAACUAACUUGAGUCUCAUCAUACUGCAUCAUAACUGUUUUAUCUGUGGACGCAUGACAUAACAAGAAAUGGAAAGGAUAACAGUAAAUCGUUUCUCCUUCCGACGAAAGGGUAGCCAUAAGAAAAAGGAUGAAGCCAAGGACAACGCUUUUGAUUUCAGUAAGAUGACUUUCAUGAGUCAAGAAGAAGCACAGCGAAUUGAUGAGGAACUAUUUACAGAAUAUGCUUUUAUUGUGGAUCAGCUGAUGGAACUUGCUGGGUAUAGUUGUGCUGUGGCGAUAGCAAAGACUUUUCCCUUGGACAAGAUGACGAGAGAUAGUGGUGCUAUACUUGUUUGUUGUGGUCCCGGAAACAAUGGUGGUGAUGGUUUGGUAGCAGCCCGACAUCUCAAACUAUUUGGAUAUAAACCCUCGAUAUUUUACCCGAAACGUCCAAAUAAACCUUUAUUCCAGAGCUUAGUUAAGCAGUGCGAGGGAAUGGAUAUGCCUUUCUUAUCAUUCCUGCCGUCCGAAGCUUCUUUAAUUAGUGAUUCAUACAACCUUGUGGUAGAUGCUCUGUUUGGCUUCAGCUUCAAAGGGCCUCCUCGGGCAGACUUUGCUAGCGUACUAGAAACACUGAAGAAUGUUGAAGUCCCAAUAGCUAGCAUCGAUGUUCCAUCUGGUUGGGAUGUUGAGAAAGGAUGUGAAGAUGGAUUGAAACCAGAAUUAUUGAUAUCACUGACCGCACCAAAGUUGUGUGCUAAACUGUUCAACGGAAAGACACAUUAUCUUGGUGGACGAUUUAUACCCAAAUCCCUUGCUCAGAAAUAUGAACUUAAUUUGCCACCCUACCCCGGAACAGAAUGUGUGGUCGAACUUAAAUCAAAUGCCGAAAUAAACGGGACUGACUGACAUUUGUUACCAUUAAUACUAUGUAAGAUGAGAAAUGUAUUUUGACACCAGACAUAUGACAGAAUAACAACUCAGUGCUUGCUUAAUCAGCAUCCCUUUUGAGAUUUUAUGCCUUUAUCAAAACUUCGUAUUGUAAUUGUAAUACAUGUAUAAUAUAUUAACCAUGCAUCCUCUGUUUAUAAAUCAAAUGCUAAGACAGACAUUUAUUUCUUAAAUUCUUAAAUACUAUGUGUGAUCAGAAAUGUAUUUUGACUUGACACUACUGUUUGAUUUAUAGCAGUGUACAGUGGCGUAGGAGUGGACUGUUGAUUUAUAGCAGUCUACAGUGACGUAGGAGUGGACUGAACAGCUGGGUUUCUAUUGUAUUAUAUACAUGUAGUGGGAGUCGGUCAAUGUCUUAAUUCUUUCAUUUUUCACUUUCAUUUUUAUUUUCAAUAUUUUUGUUUGCCCAAAAAAAGUAACGUGGUCUGGGAGGGCAAACAGAUAGCUCCUACGCCGGUGGUGUAACAACUCAGUGCUUGUUUAAACAGUAUCUCAUUAGAUGUAUAUUUCUAUCUGUAUAUCAUGAUGGUAUUACAUAUCAUUAUCAUCUAUCUUUAGUUUUAUACUGUACUGUAUUAUAUAGAUAUAGUUAGAAAGUAAAAACAAACAGUUGACACUACGUAAUUUGAUUUUUAUAGAUGGAAUGAUUGAUUAUAAAUGCUUCUUUUUUUCAUGAAACAAAACGUCUUGUGGAAAAAUAUUUCAUGCAUUUUCAGAUCAAAAUUUGAUUUUUAAAAUCUAUUUUUAAAUUUAUAUUUAGCAGCUAUAUUUACUGCAUAUAGUCCUUUAUCAGUAACGUAGCUUCCAUUUAGCUCUUAGAUACAGGACUAAAUUACGGAUUUUAAUAAGGGUAAAGGUUGCAUAAAAUGCAAUCAAAAUCAUAAUUUUAUUGUCUUGAUAACUUUAUCUUCCAAUCCUCAACUCUAUCGUUGACAUAGUGCAGUGUGUUGAACAUUCCGACAUGUCCAAAUAAAACUAAUUAAAUGCUAACAUAUACUCUGAUGUUUUAAGUAACUGAUGUGCAUGUGUAUAACCAUACUUGUCAAGAAAGUAGUUUUAUUAAACAUUACAUGAUCUAUUCUAAAUAUAAGUCCAAGUUCAACUACAAUUAUGUUAAAAGGAAAAUAACUGAUAACUAUUUAGUGAAAAUUAUGGAGAUUCGUUGAUAUAAUUUAUUAGAAGCAUAUUGGUUAUCUCAUCAUAUGCUCAGUUUUGUUUUUGUUGGUUUUUGAAGUUUUGUUUUGUUUGUUGGUCAUGAAUACAUGUUCAUCGUUGACCUCUUAUCUUUAUUUGUUAUCAAUAAUGCCUACUUCUUUGUUUUAAUUGUUCUCUCUAAAAUGAUGAAUACACGUAAAGAAUAAUAAAAGUUAAAGUCUA